ACUGCAUUCUAGGAAACAUGUUAGACGGACUGGCUGCUAAAUGGACAUGCAACCCCAAUUACCAGACAGGCUGAGUUGUCAAUGACCAAUCCUCAACGGUUGUUUGUAGUAACUCUGGACACAGUGUCGACGAAUAUGUAGUGAAAGGUUAAGGGCCAACGUGAGUCGAGGGCGAGUGUCGGGUGGAAAAGGCCAAAGGGAAAAGACACAAGGCGUGGGCGAAAACACUAUCUUCGUUGAUGUCAACUAGAAACUGCUUGACGGCCCACGCUCCUUUUUCGCCAGAAUUACGUGUAUUGGCUAAGCUAGCUUGCGAACCGCUGCGCACCAAGUAUCUCCUGCCCCAGGCCAGCUUACUCCCCGAACGGUGACGAUGUGCUAUUUUGAACAGACACGUUGGAUGUGUGGGUAUUGGCGAUGGGGCCACUUCCGUCAACAAUGUACGAAGGAGUAUCGGACGGGAGAGACCUGCGGGCUAAAGCUGGUAUACCGUACCAACCAAGAGCCGGACAACUGCAAGCUCUGCAAGGAUAUCGAGAAGAAGCAACGGAAGCUCACGAAGCUCCAAAACGACAUCUACCGGUGGCAGAGGGAAGGGAACCGGACGGCAACGAUCGAGAAAGCCCAAAGGGAUAUGGGAGAGGUCGACGAGGCAAUCCAAAACAUGCUUCAACAACAUCAUAACAGGCAGUACUCGGUAGUGUAGGGGCACUCUGGUUAACAGUGUAGGCGAUGGGGGAUUUGGUUGGUCAAUAAGGGCUUCGAGAUAUCAGUAGAGUUCCACUCAAAAGACUCAAAGGAGGGGGGUCUAUAAGAAGAACUUAGAAGAAGAUCAGGAGAGGUCAAUCUCAAAAAUUUGAAUAUGGGGGGUUUAUUUUUUCUCUUGGCAGGUUAUGGUUUCUGAAUAAACACGUCGGGAAGCCGGUCUUUUGUACGCUAUACUCGAUGCGAUUAUCUGAUUUUUUAAAGAGCUAGAGACCUCCGCAGUGGUCCACCAGGAUCAAAUUCUGAGUUCUUGAUGAAUAGAUCUUAUACGGAAACCGCCUUGCUCGAGGAAGUUCCUACUCUAU